GCAGUUAGAGAAGAAAGAUUAUGGAAAGGCGGAGGGGGCAGAAGGGCAUGACACAAAAUGUGGAUUAAGUGUUAUCCAAAAAGGAAGACAGCGGCACAGGUGACAAACUGAAAAGUGCAAGUUGAAGAUGAUGAAUCUGCAGCAUUGGAGAAGAUAUCUUUGGAUUUGGGAUGAACCACAGUAAGCGGGAUCCUUCGGAGUUUUGUCACUUAUUCUCCACGGGUGAUGAAUUUCUUUUCCUCUCUGUGACACUAGUUGGUUUAAUAGGUACAGAAAACAUUUCGAUGGAUUAUCCUUUGAAUACAAAUGAAGCGGAUGUGUGCAUUUGAGUUCAGGUCUCUUUAAAGUUUAAGUCUUGUUCAAAUCCGCCAGUAAUAAAACAUCCUUUAUUGAUGUGAAUGUCUUCCACCACCUGAGACCAAGCCUACUACGGUAUUUACAAUUAUGGAUUUGCAUAACCAGUCAGACAACAUGAGUCCUUGCCAUUCAUCUCUGCAAUGGACGUCGACAUAUUUUCAAAGUCCAGACAAGCAAGAAAUUUUGAGUAUAUCAUCCCUGGUCCCUUCCACUGUCCUCACACUCAUUCCCAUCUGUGACACCAUAACUACUGGAAAACCAUGCUCUGAAUUUCCAUCUUUUGCUAAAGAAACGGAGGAGAGGAAACUUUCCAAAACCUGUAGUUCUGAAUUUUUAGAAGCUCGGGGUCAAGAAACCACAACCACACCAAUUUCUGAUAACACUAAUCCUGCAGAAGUUCAGCAGAGAAAGCCAUCAGAUGGACACAUCCUGGAAGACAAAUCCAUAAGUUUAAUGUUGCCCAAAGAGAACCACAAUGAAGAAACAGGUGGAAACCAUCGUGUCCUUUCAUCUCGUGAACUGCUUGCAAUACUGGGAAUCUCGCUGUGUAUUAAGCUGGUCAUCAUUACUGCUCUCUUAGUCAAGUUCCUGGCAUUCCCAUCAAAUGAAUCACCUCCUCCUUGUGACACAGGAGGGAGCUGCAGUGUCUCAAGUCAACUACCUUUUCUGUCUAAGAACCCAGUCAACCAGACAGGAAACAUCACUGUAGCUUGCCAGGUUAUGGUCAAUGACGGCCAACGUAUUGUGGGCGGGGCCUUAACAGCAGAGGGCAAGUGGGGUUGGCAAGUCAGCAUGCACUGGAAGGGGAAGCACGUCUGCGGAGGCGCCAUCAUCUCCCCCCACUGGGUCAUCACUGCAGCUCACUGCUUUUUUAACAAAAACACCAAUGACUAUGAUGUGGGGCUGCUGCGCACCAUCACCGACAUUGACAUGACUGGUGGGGUGCGGCCAGUGUGUUUACCAACACGGAAGGAGUCUUUUCCUCCUGGAGCACCCUGCUGGAUCACAGGCUGGGGAUUUUCCCAAGAAGGAGGGUUUGUGUCAGAAAAUCUACAGGAAGCUCAGGUGAAUGUGUUAGCUCAGUCCGUCUGCUCCAGUUUGACCAUUUAUGGGGCCUUCAUUACUCCACGGAUGAUUUGUGCUGGCAGCCUUUCAGGGGGUGUUGACUCUUGCCAGGGAGACAGUGGGGGACCUCUGGUGUGUUUGACAUCUAAUGGGGACUGGAGACUGGCAGGGGUGGUGAGUUGGGGAGAAGGCUGUGCCCGGCCUAAUAAACCAGGCGUCUACAGCAGAGUAACUCACCUGCUCCAGUGGGUUGAAGGAGUCACAGAGAUUAAAUCAGAAAUAUUGAAGGACACCACAGCAGCUCUAGAGGAGACCUUGGCAGAAACCACUUCUUCUCUGAGAUAA